AGUGACACACCCCCAAACCAGUUCUAUAUAAAUCUCCCUAAUUACAGCAGGUGAUGUUAAGGACCAGGGCAUUUUGGCAGUUGCAGUUUAUCCAUCAACCUGACUCAAUACUGAAUAUGGGGAACUGCAUUCAAGGUGUGAAGGACUUCUUCUGUCGGCCAAAGAACACUAAUGUUCGAGUGAGCCUCCCCAUGGUGUGCUUUGUCUGGCAGAUUGCUAUGAUCAUUCUGUUUGGCGUCUUUAUCCGCUACGAUGAGGAGUCUGACACUCACUGGAGUGAACACAGGAAAUCACACAACAUAUCAAGUGAUAUAGAGAAUGACUUUUACUUCAGGUACCCAAGCUUCCAGGACGUGCACGUGAUGAUCUUCGUGGGUUUUGGCUUCCUCAUGACCUUUCUGAAGAAGUACAGCUUCGGUGCCGUGGGUUUCAACUUCCUCAUCGCCGCCUUCGGCAUUCAGUGGGCUCUGCUGAUGCAGGGCUGGUUCCACUCCCUGGACCACACGGACGGGAAGAUCAAAAUCGGCGUUGAAAGCCUCAUCAACGCAGACUUCUGUGUGGCCGGUUGUCUGAUUGCAUAUGGCGCAGUUCUGGGGAAGGUCAGCCCGGUCCAGCUACUAGUGAUGACACUCUUUGGUGUGACGCUCUUUGCAGUGGAGGAGUUCAUCAUUCUCACCGUCAUUCAUGCCAGAGAUGCCGGUGGCUCCAUGGUGAUCCAUACUUUUGGAGGUUAUUAUGGUCUAGCCAUCUCUUGGGUUCUCUAUCGCCCUCAUUUGGACCAGAGCAAACGUCUGCAAGGGUCUGUGUACCAUUCGGACGUAUUCGCUAUGAUUGGCACGCUCUUCCUUUGGAUGUUCUGGCCCAGUUUCAACUCAGCAAUCACAGACCAUGGUGAUGGGCAGCACCGGGCAGCCAUUAACACCUACCUCGCCUUGGCAUCUACUGUCCUGACCACCGUAGCCAUCUCCAGUGUUUUCCAGAAGAAAGGCAAACUGGAUAUGGUGCACAUACAGAACGCCACCCUGGCGGGUGGUGUAGCUGUGGGAACCGCUGCUGAGUUUCUGUUGACACCCUAUGGCUCCCUGAUUGUGGGUUUCUGCUGUGGCAUUCUGUCUACUUUUGGCUACCUCUACAUCUCGCCGUUCAUGGAGAAAAGACUGAAGAUUCAGGACACCUGCGGCGUACAUAACCUGCAUGCCAUGCCAGGAGUGAUUGGUGGCAUCGUUGGGGCCAUUACUGCAGCAGCUGCCUCAGAGUCCACAUACGGACAUGAGGGAUUAAUCAAUACCUUCGACUUUGAGGGGGAUUUUAAAGAUCGGACCCCCAAUAUUCAGGGUGGCCACCAGGCAGCCGGGAUUUGUGUGGCCAUCGUUUUUGGAAUUGGAGGAGGAGUAUUAGUCGGUAUCAUCCUGAGGCUGCCAAUCUGGGGGGACCCUGCAGACGACAACUGCUUCGAUGAUGAAGUGUACUGGGAGCUGCCUGAAGAUGAGGAGAGCAUUCCCCCAAUUCUGGAAUACAACAACCACAUGAGCAACAAGCAGCAGGAAAUGUCUGAAUCCAACUUCUCUGUGGAGCAGAGCUAGUGCUGCAGCCUGACGCUCUGCAGGACUACAGACCAGUGCCUCAGCUCUUCCAUAGCAACAGCCAUUAAUGAAGAUGCCCUUCUGGAAGCGGGGGAAUGCACUUGGCCAGAGUGACCUGCGAGAGACUGCUCCUAUACUUAUUACAUUAAUGUAAGCCAUCAGCAAUUAGGGAAAUGUCAGAGACUCAGACUCCAAAAGUCCAGAAGGUGAUACCUGUUAGUAUGAUGCUAUUUCUUUGACAGUGUGUAUUAUAUUCGUAAAGAAUAAUUCUGUAUUGAUUACAAAUGUAGCUUAACUAGAUUUCAUGACUAAAUUUCAUGUCUUAACUAGAUUGAUAUGGCAUUGCUUAUAUAUAUAUAUAUAUAUAUAUAUAUAUAUAUACAAAAUAUCAUAAUAUGACCCAUAACAUGUGGAAGUGCGUGUGUGUGUGUAUGUGGCUACGUCUCUGCGUGCAUGUGUGCGUGAGUGUAUUUUUACUAUUUGUAAUGUCUGGACUGAUCACUGUUAAAAUUAGGAAGAUUUGCUGCAUUGAAGUAGUACAGAAACAUUAUUUACUAAUAUAUUGGUCCUCAUUUUAAUGUAUUUCACAUAAUAUGCUAAUUAAUGUCACAUCUUAUAAUCAUUAUUAUGCUUUUACAAGAAUAUGUUAUUACAGGUUUUGCAGCUGUAUAUAGACUUUUACAUUUGUGCCAUAUUCACUUUUAUAAUUAUAAAUGGUUAAUUAUUUUAAUAAAUGUCUGUCAGCUCUGCGAAAUAACUAGAAUGUGACACCAAUAAUAUGGCCAGACUCAACCCAGGAAUCUAAAGUCUUUAUUUAGCAGAAUCCUUAUCAAGCUGUACAAUCAUUAAAUUAUUUUUAUACUAAGCCAUAUUUUCAAGUAUUCAAUGGGCAAUUUUACUCUGUAUUUUAAUUAGACUGCACUCUGUAUGUUUUAAAUAGAAGCUUUUCAGCUAUACUAUUCUCUGCAUUCAGGAUUAAAUGAAAGCUAUUGAGGCUGUAUGUUUGCUGGUAAUCUGCUAAUGUACGUGUAGUUUUGUUUUUAACUGCGACCUUUAUAUAGCCAAAAACAUGGGAGACACAUGGCCAAUGAAAAACUCUUAAUAAACAAAAUGUCUUGAUUGCUUCUGAAAUGCGUACCAAAGUCUCUUUCCCAAGAUUACAUUACAUAAUACAUUUGUGAAGGGGUAUAGUUGAUAUUUUUGUGUAAUUUUAUAUUUUGAACAUGUAAGAUCAAGUAUUGCGUAUGAUGCCUUGUGUUAAUGUACGCAAAUGAAUAAACUUUGUAA